CAUCGUCGAUUAUUGAAUCAAGUGGCGAAAACAUGAAUCAUCAUCAGUGAGGGCAUAAAGUUGCUGGUUGCUUCAUCGUAUGUCGAUUUGACUUUCAGCGCUGUCUCUGCUAUUACAAGUUAAACAUCCAUCAGUCGCUCGGUUGCUGGGCUGCUGCUGAUUAAACAAAGGUUUGUUUGCCUUGAUAACACACAUUAAGCUUAGUUAAACUUCAAGGCAACAUUUUAGUUAAAGAUGGCUGACAACGGAGUACAUCUGACAGAAGAGGACCCGGCCGCCGCGUUUUUAGCCCAGCAGGAGAGUGAGAUCGCGGGUAUAGAGAACGACGACGAAGGUUUUGGGGUGCUGGACGAGGUGGAAAGCCAAGAAGAGCCCCCGGUGCCACCGACGAGCAACUACGACCCUUUUGAAGAGGAACCCGCGACAGUGAACGGAGAUCUGUUUCAGAAGGAGUCAAACGGUCCCACGGACAACUACGCAGCCAUCGCACAGGUGGAUAUUCAGCGGCAAGAGCCAGAAAGUCUACGCAAGUGGCGGGAGGAACAGAAAGCCCGCCUCGAAGCUUUAGACUCAGCAUCCAAGGAGGCAGAAGCAGAGUGGAGAGAGAAGGCCAAGAAAGAGCUGGAAGACUGGCACGUGCACCAAAGCGAGCAGAUGGAGAAGAACAAGACCAACAACAGGAUUGCCGACAAGGCUUUCUACAAACAGCCCAACUCUGAUCUAAUAGGCUUUGUAGCAUCGGAGGAGGCUUUCCUGGCCGAGAGCGAGGGCGAUGGCCCCGCAUCAGCAUGGGAGCGCGUGGCCCACCUGUGCGACUUCAACCCAAAGACCAACAAGCAGGCAAAGGACGUGUCUCGGAUGCGCUCAGUACUCAUCUCGCUCAAACAGAGCCCUCUUGUCCGCUAGGAGGCUCUAUCGCUCGCACGACUUUUGCCUUUUCACUUGUCACACCACAAAAUGUUUGUAAACCUGUUUUUGCAGAAAACUCCCACGACACAGGAUAGAACCUUACCACCUUUCUUGAUGCCUACAAGUUUGAACUCUCACACUUGUGGGAACAUGAACCGUUCAAUUGUUAAUUUGUUUUAUCAGGACAUUGUUACAGUCGGUUAGCCAUUUAAGUUAAGCUUUUUAAGUUAUGAUAAUUUUUUGACAUUUUUAACGCAUGCCUCUGCCAACAUUUUGAGUGUGCAUAUGCACACAUGUAGAUUGUAACCACAUAUGCCUCUGAGUAAUGUAGAAUCACCAACUUUGGAAUGAUUGUUUGAAGCCAAUACGGUUUAGAUGUCAUCUUUUACACUGAAAAGCAUUUCAAAGCAGCAGCAAAAAUAAUCCCCAACCAAGAAACGUUACUGCAUCCAAAUUGAGAAUUUGAAGGCUUGAGUUGCUUUCUCAUUUCACCCACAUUUUAUAUGCUGCGAUCAACUGUCACUUAAACAUUCUUUCACAUGUUGCCUAUUUGGAUAUGAUGAAACCCAAGGAAAGAGAAUGUUUAGAAUUGGUCAAUAAAAAAAAUGAAUCACU